AUGCCAUCAGUCGUCCGUAUGACUCCUAACUGUAGUAAGUACAGUCUCCUUUCCUGCAGAGACUCUGAUGCUCAGGUCUUGUGUGCUUCAGGUAAAAGCAUCUACGGAAGCACGUUUGCAGACGAGAGCUUCAGGCUCAAGCAUCUGGGCGCAGGUUGGGUCAGCAUGGCGAACGCCGGACCCAACACCAACGGCUCGCAGUUCUUCAUUACUUUAGCCCGAGCGCCGUGGCUGGACGGAAAACACGUGGUGUUUGGCAAAGUCUUGGAGGGGAUGGCUGUGGUUCACACCAUCGAGCUCCAGGACACGAACGAUCGUAACCUGCCCUACACCGAGUGUGUGAUCGUCAACAGCGGGAAGAUCAAGCUCAAAGAGCCCUUCGUUGUGGAAGUGGAGGGAUGGUGAACGUCUGAUUUCUGUCUUCGUGUGUUCAUAUCGUGACGGUUGAGUUGUGCUGCGACCGCUUCCUCCAUCGUAUCGUCAUUCGAUUCUUCUCUUACUAUGCAGGCACUUUUUCUAUGGAGAAAUCACACGAUCAUAUGUGUGUGUUUCACACGCUUUAUCAUGCUGUAGGACGGUUUACUGCAGAAAUCAACGACACACGCGUUUAUUACGAGCCUCUGAGUGCCAUAAAACACACAUACUUGAAUUUAGUUUGAAAUCUCGACUAUUUGAAUUAUGACAUGUAGAAACACAAAUAAGCUAUUAGAAUAAUCCGUCUUUUAUUUUAAGA